AACUCAUUUAUUGUGUCAAUGCUUUCUUCUGGAAUCAACCCAAAGCUGAAAGGUCCCCUCCCUCCCCCUCCCAAUCCCUCAAAAUCCUCUCUCUCUUUUCUCUUUUUAUGUAAUCUAAUCUCCCCUAAUUCCCACACUCUCUCUCAUCGUCAUCAUUAAGCAGGCAGCGCCCUCAACCCUCAACCGCCAUCACCAUACAGAGAAAAACAAAAACCAUCAUAGCCACAUGGAUUUCCAAUGAAACUGAGAGAGCUCAAUUAUGCGAACGCUUUGUGAUGCUUGUGAGAGUGCGGCCGCUAUCGUUUUCUGCGCCGCUGAUGAGGCCGCACUCUGCCGUGCCUGCGAUGAGAAGGUUCACAUGUGUAAUAAACUUGCUAGCAGGCAUGUAAGAGUGGGUCUGGCAAGUCCAAGCGAUGUGCCUCGUUGUGAUAUAUGCGAGAAUGCACCUGCAUUCUUCUAUUGCGAGACAGAUGGAAGCUCGCUUUGUUUGCAGUGCGACAUGAUAGUUCAUGUUGGUGGUAAAAGAACACAUGGAAGAUAUCUUCUAUUUAGGCAAAGAGUUGAGUUUCCAGGAGAUAAACCUAGUAACAUAGAAAACCCAGCUUCUCAACCUAUGGAACCAGGGGAGACUAAGAGGGGACAAAAUCCACUUCCCAAACUAAAAAUGGGGGAGAAGCAACAAAACCACAGGAUGCCGCUGCUUUCAACACCAGAUCCUGAUGCUGACGGACAUGCCAAGAUGGAGACUAAAAUGAUUGAUUUGAACAUGAAGCCUAACAGAAUACAUGAACAAGCAUCAAAUAAUCAGCCAUAAGUCAUGCAAUUAAACAGAGCAGUUCUGACAUGAUAAUACACCAUAAAUCUAUCAAAUGGCAAAACAAUUGCAUUGUCUCAUGCAUGCUAGUCACAAUGUUGGAAUAGUAGAUUAGUAGAUUAACAUACUAUGCUAGCAAACGAGGCAUUGCGGCACCAGAAUCUUUUUAGGAGUUUGUUUGCCCUUUUGAGAAUUCAAUUUGGUAGAUCAACACUUUAGAUCUGUACUGCAAAGCAUUGUUAACUGCAAAUAUGAAAUGUGUGGUAACUUUUAUUUCUUUACA